AAUUAAUUCAACAACUUUGGAAGCAAAUAAAAGAAGCGCCAGUGUUUUUCAUGUUAUUAUCCGAAAACUAUUUGACGGUUAAAGAUGGUGCUACAAGCGAAGACUAGUUUUGCACUCACAUACUCGCCGCAUUUUCCAUCAUCUUCUUCUCUUCUUUUCCCUCCUCAAAUCUUCAACUUCAAACUCAAACCCUCACCUCUCUCACUCACUCUCACGCGCCGCCGAAUACUACCCAUAGUCGCGUGCGCCGUCGAGGAAAAAAACCAACCUAGCUCCAAACCCGAACCCGAAUCCGAACCGGAAUCAAAUGAGUCCGAUUUAGCAUCGGAAUUGAAGAAAGCGAUGCAAGAGAGGAAGGAGAAAGAAGGCGAUAAUUUCUGGAACGGAGUGGUUAACGAGAUCGGUGAAAUUGAGUGGCCUGAGUUUGGGAAGGUUUUGGGAACAACCGGUGUUGUUCUUAGUGUUAUCUUUGGUUCUAGCGUUGUUUUGCUCACUGUUAAUGCUGUUUUAGCUGAGCUUUCUGAUAAGGUUUUUGCAGGCAAAGGGAUUCAGGAUUUCUUCACGUGAAUUGCUUCACGCUUUUUGACUGCAAAUGUGGCUGUAAUUGAGAUUGUGAAAUCAAUAGAAAGGAAAAAAAUUGGGUAAAUAAGUUUUUGGCUCUGAAGGGUUUCAGGUUAGUAGCUACUAUAUUAGAUAUUUGGUUUUAGUUGAUAAAAAUAGAUGUUAACCAUAGUCACACGUUGGGGGUAAGUCAAAUUGAUGAAGUUGUGUAUCUCAGUUGUGCAUUGCAAAUUAGUUGGCAUCACACGAACUGUAUUUCAAGUCAAGUUUUAAAUUCAAUUUGUUGUUUAUGUCUGAGUCAUCCAAUGGCUGAAAUCCGAUGAAUACAUGGGAUUCAGAUCUUUUUCCUGAUGCUAGGUAAUGUUAUCAUAAGGAUGCCUAGGAAAAUAUGAUUUAGCAAGUUAGUUUGAAGACAACACCAAUGAAUCUUAUGAGGAGAUAUCACCUUAGACUUGGCACGCAGCCAGUUAUCUAUAAUGAGAAAAACAGUGCUUGGCUUUUUACAUGAUUAUUCCUGUAUGUCAAUUAUAAAGGUUAUAAAGCUAUUUCAUAGCAGUUUUCUUUCAAAAGAAGCUCUUAUUCGUUUCCUCCUGUCAAUUUUCAACUUGGUCAAUAAUAUGAUCGAAUAGCAGAAACAUGGCUUUUGUUUUGUGUUUAAAAUGCUGUAGUUCCUAUGCCUAAUUGUUUUCCAGUAUGUAGGGAGUGACAUAAAGUCUAGUAUUCAUUCUACUGCUUUACUGACCCCCUUGCAAGCUCAAAGUUAUCUAUGUUAAACAAUUUUAAAAUAUCCAUGCACAUGGACAAUGGAUUACCUAUAUGUUUGUUUUGUGAAACGUUUUCUAUGCCAAAUUAUUUUUCAUUUAAUUUCCGUUUAGUAUAUUUCGUCUUGUUUUUCGGAAAAGAAUUUCCAUAUAUAGUUUUUUAAAGAAUAUGUGAACUGUGGAGACAAACAAUUUUGUAAUGAUCUUUACAUAGUUUCAAAGAAUGUGUAGAUUGUAGACUGAGACAGUUUUGAAAUGAAUUUAAUAUAUAUUCCAUAAAUGUUUU